AUGGGUUUCGACAAGAAGACGUUUCUCGCCGCUUUCCGAGCGAGCAACACCAAUGACUCUGAGAAAGAACCACCUCCUCCAUACCAAGAGGAGGGAGAUUGUCCAAGACAUGAUCGGAGUGGUACGACACCCGCAAAGCCUCCACCUGGUUAUGCCAAGACAGAGGCCAAAUGCGCCCCCACGGAGAAGGGAAAACAACCUGGAGUAGUGGGCGUUGAUGCAUCGAAACGGCCUCCAAUACCCGCGACUGCGGUGUAUCUCUUACAAAAGGACGAGGAAAGCAAGAAAAAGCUACACGCAACUGUCGACGGGUUCUGUGGCGCACCGGAUCCCGGGAUGUUCAGUUCGAGCUUGUAUGCCUCCUCUGUUUCGACUAAGCUGGCGACGGAAAUUGGGGACAAGCCAGCUCAUCUAUCAGCUGCCAUAGCCCAGUCCCUCUGGCCCGCCAUUACGCGUGGAAUGAUUCCCAUAUUCAACGACCACUCGCUCGUCGUGUUGAGAUCGCGAGCUCUCGAGCGUACGCAAGACCCAAAAGAGAUCUUGCGAAACAUGGUUAACCCCAUUUCGACUUUGCUAUCGGCUGUGGAAUGCCGAUGCGGGUGUCGAUUGGAUAUUUGCACGAAAAUCCGGUCCAAGUAUGGGCUCGACAGCAAAGAAUCCAUCGAAGAGUGUUCGGUGACUUCAUAUAAAGUGCGCACCAGAACAUUCACUGCGAUACGCAUGCCGUAUGGAAUAACAUGCUUCGACCUGUCUGAAAUGGGCCUCUAUGAAAUAAAAACUGACCAUGAGGAGGAUUUUCUUUUCUACUGCUCUAUACUGCCAACCUUUUGGAAUGCCUACCCCUCUCCUAGGCCCAAGAGCGAUCCAGCAGACAUCAACUGGCACAUGGUUCUAGAAAGUCUCCUCCACGAGACGUUGACUCUUCAGAACAAUAGAAUGUCGAGAUAUGAGAACUUGCCUAUCAGAGCCAUGUGUUACAAGGACGGCUCAACACGAGCUGUUAUGCGGGCUGAGAACUUCGCCGUAGGCCCGGGUUUCCUUGUAAUGGAGGUGACGCCGUCGGCUCCAAGCAGCCCGCAGUACAACAUCAUUGAUUGCGGAUACUCACUUCGUCAAGUUUCGAGUAUCAACUCCCCUAGGACAGUCGAUGCAGACGCAUUCAUGUCACAAUCAACCUCCGCCCAACCCAAGUUUGGGUCACUCGAGACUGUCAGCGUAGAUCAGAUGGACAUCUUUACCUGA